AAACCCAAGAACGCGCGCAGCAAGCGCGCCCUCGAAAAGAAAGCGCCCCAACUGCACGAAAACGCNAAAAUGACCCUCUUCCUGCGCUACACGUCGUGCUCGGAAAUCGUCCAACUCUGCAUGGGCGACCUACACUCACUCAAACGGCCCUUGGCCCAAAAGUUCACCAAGAAAAACGACAUUCACCCUUUCGAAGACCCUUCGUCGCUGGAGUUUUUCGCAGAGAAGAAUGAUUGCAGUCUCAUGGUGUUUGGCUCGCACAGCAAGAAGCGUCCCCAUACCGUCACGUUUGUGAGGUUUUUCGACCACAAGGUGUUGGAGAUGUUGGAGUUGCAUGUUGAUGUGGAUACCUUCCGGACGAUUUCGCAGUUUAAAUCUGCCAAAGCUCGCGUGGGACUCAAGCCUUUGGUUUCGUUUUCCGGAACUGCGUUUGAUUCGCCCGUCUCAAACACUUACACCAUGGCCAAAUCUCUGCUUCUUGACUUCUUCAAGGGUGAAGACACGAAUAAUGUCGAUGUGGAGGGUUUGCAGUACAUGGUGCACAUCUCCGUGCCUGAAGAGGAGGAUGCCCAGCCCGCGCCCAAGAUCUGUCUGCGCACAUACAUGAUCAGCACGAAAAAGUCUGGCCAAUCGCUGCCGAGAGUCGAGGUCGAGGAGAUGGGUCCCAGAGUGGAUUUCCGCGUCGGCAGAGUCAAGGAGGCCGAUGUGGAUAUGAUGAAGGCUGCCAUGAAGAAGCCCAAGGGUCUGGAGGCAAAGAGCAAGAAGAACAUCGAGACCGACAUUAUCGGCGACAAGGUCGGCCGCAUCCAUCUCGGCAAGCAAGACCUCAACGACAUGCAAACGAGAAAGAUGAAGGGUCUCAAGAGAAGCAGAGACGACGACACCGAGGGCGGCCCUGUUGUCUCCGACGACGAAGGCGAGGAUGUCGAGACCGAUGGUGGUGUCGAGAUCAAGAAGAUUCGUGUCUAA